AUGUGGUGGUUGAAGCCUCUCGCCCCUGCUGGCUUUGCACGUACCAGCCAUGGCCUCCUGAGGCGCACGAUCGCGGGGAGCAACUGCAGUAGUAGCAGUAGCAGUAGCAGUAGCACCAGCGUAUUCACUGCAGCAGCUCCCUUCUCGACGACAUCCAGCGACCACAAGGGCGCAACCCGGUACCCACCGCGGCCCAAGCCACCGCCAGACCACGAGUUCACAGAGGUCUACCUAAAGGGAAGCGGCCCAGGCGGCCAGAAGAUCAACAAGACCAACUCGGCCGUCCAGCUCAAGCACAUCCCCACCGGCAUAGUGGUCAAGUGCCAGGACACGCGCUCGCGCGAGCAGAACCGCAAGCUGGCCCGCGAGCACCUGGCCGAGAAGAUCGACGACCUGCUCAACGGCGACCAGAGCCGCUCCGCCGUCGUCGCCAGGCUCAAGGCCCGCAAGAAGUCCAGCGCCGCCAAGAAGAGCAGGAGGAAGCAUCGUGAUUCUGCCGAAGAGAAGCAGCAGGGGGAGCACGACGAGGACGAUGAGGCUCCUCUAGGCUCGGGAGAGGCCGAUGAGGCGGCCCAGCAUGAUGAUACCCCGCGACGAACUGUCAAGGUCCAGGAGAUAAGGGUCUGA